UAUCCAGUCGCCGUGUAGCGGUGUCUUUUCGGGUCAGAUCGGAGGGUGUUUUGGAGGACAGAUAAUCAUGGCCCUGAGGGUGAUACGGCUGGUCAUCCCGACGGGAGCAGCUGCUUUUAAAGCAGUGAACAUUGUUCAGAAGGCAGGGCUUCACACCACUUCAGUGAGGAGCCUGCGAUAUGGCUGGUGGGCAUAUGCAUUGGGAGAGAGGACAAUACCACGGUUAUCCCAGUACAGCAAAAUCAUCACUGUGGAUGGAAACUUGGCCUCUGGGAAAGGAGCACUGGCCCAGAAGCUGGCUGACAGGCUUGGAAUGCUCUACAUGCCUGAGCCUGACACUUUCUAUAUGGACAAGAUGACUGGAGAGAAAGAGCCACUUCCUGUUGACUUUAACGGGAUGUGCAGUCUGGAGAAGUUCUACACAGACCCCAAAGCAGCAGAUGGGAACAGCUACAGGCUACAGAACUGGAUGUACAUCAUGAGGCUCCUCCAGUAUUCUGAUGCCAUCGAACACCUGCUCACCACAGGCCAGGGAGUUAUUCUGGAACGUUCUCCCUUCAGUGACAUGGUCUUCAUGGAGGCCAUGUUCAAAGAGGGAUACAUCAGGAAAGAGUGUGUACAUCACUACAAUGAGAUCAAAAACAUCAGCAUCUGUGAGUUUCUGCCGCCUCACAUUGCCAUCUAUAUCGACCUGCCGGCUGAGGAGGUGCAGAAGAAACUGAAACAGAGCGGCAAGUCCUAUCUUCAGAAUGUCCCUCUGUCCUAUCUGAAGAGCAUUGAGGAUUCCUACAAGAAGUCUUUCCUGCCACAAAUCACCAAAGCAACCGAGGUGCUUGCUUAUGAUGCAACCCAAGCCCAGGAUGUUGAAAAGGUGGUUGAAGACAUCGAGUAUUUGAAGUUUGAAAAGGGACCUUGGUUGGAGCAGGAUGACGUCACGUUCCACCACAUGAGGAUGCUUGUUGAAGACAAACAGAGAGUGGCCACCCUCACACAUAUACCCAUGUUCCUGCCAGAGAUAACCAUCGGGGCCCACGACUACGAUGAGAAAUACUUUGCCUACAGAGCGCUCCCUGGGAAGAGGUACGCCUCUGGUUAUAAUGAAGACGUUGGAGACAAAUACAUCUGGCUGAAGUGAGUCACUAAAUCAACCCUGAUCACAGGCUGAAUAAAGUCUGAUCCACCUGAUCGUCCAUUAUUGAUCCAGUCGUCUUCUGCUGUACAUCCUAAAUAAUAUGUAUGUAUUAAAUAAAAGAGUAACUUUUGAAUCUA